UUCCUGCCGACGCUAGUUAGCGUGCUAUAGAGAAGAAAAAAAACCGUUGAUAAAUACAAGUGUAGAGGGUGUCCGCUGUGUGAGGUCGUUAAGGUGAACAGGAGAGGAUUGAGAACAAGCUAAACAAUACAUUGAAAAACAAAAUAUAAUUGUUAGCAUUUGUGGACUGCAUAAGAACGGGACUCGGAGUUAGCUAGCCAGUGCUAGCUAAAUAGAGACUAAAGGGAAGUGUCAGUUAGUCUAUUAGCGAGAUUAAACAGCUAGGGACGGUGACUGUCAGCUGCACAACGAAGGAAACUGGUUUGAGAAACAAAAUCAACGUUUCACAGAUUUGCUAAAGGGCCUCUUCAGUCAACGUUAGGUAACGUGAUAUUUAGUCCUCCAGCUCGGUGACGUUGAAGAGCGGUGAUGGACUUCGUUGCUGGAUGCAUCGGAGGUGCUGCUGGAGUGUUGGUUGGACAUCCUUUUGACACAGUCAAGGUGAGGCUGCAGGUCCAGAGUAUUGAUAAGCCGCUGUAUCGUGGGACCUUUCAUUGUUUCCAGUCCAUCAUACGGCAGGAGACGGUAUUUGGUUUGUACAAAGGCAUUGGAUCCCCCAUGAUGGGCCUGACAUUCAUCAAUGCCAUAGUGUUUGGUGUUCAGGGAAACACCAUGCGGAUGCUGGCACAUGACACCCCCAUGAACCACUUUCUCGCUGGUGCAGCAGCAGGUGCUAUCCAGUCUGUCAUCUGCUGCCCCAUGGAGUUGGCCAAAACCCGCAUGCAAUUGCAGGGCACUGGAGAGAAGAAGUCCUCUAGGAAGUUGUACAAGAAUUCCCUGGACUGCUUGGCACGCAUCUACAACCGGGAGGGUCUACGGGGUGUAAACCGAGGCAUGGUCACCACGUUCAUCCGCGAGACACCUGGCUUCGGAGUGUAUUUCCUGUCCUACGACGUGCUGACGCGCAGCAUUGGCUGUGAGCCGGACGACCGCUACAUGAUCCCCACACUGCUGUUCGCUGGGGGCAUGGCCGGCAUCGCCUCCUGGCUUUCCACCUACCCUGUGGACGUGAUCAAAUCGCGGCUGCAGGCGGACGGGGUGGGUGGAGUCUACCAGUACAGCAGCAUCGCCGACUGCGUGCGGCAGAGCGUCAGGAGAGAGGGCUACAUGGUGUUCACGCGAGGCCUCACCUCCACGCUGCUACGAGCCUUCCCUGUGAAUGCAGCUACCUUUGCCACCGUCACCCUCAUCCUCAUAUACUCUCGGGGGGUGCAGGAGGGACCUAUAGACUGUGAGGCAGUUCAGCCAAACCACCACGCACAGGCCCAGCAGCAGGCCCAGCAGCAGGCCCAGCAGCAGGCCCAGCAGCAGGCCCAGCAGCAGGCCCAGCAGCAGGCCCAGCAGCAGGCCCAGCCCUCCAGCCUGUGACAGCACAGAGGCCUCAGCCCAGGCACUUUACAAGCAUGGAGAGACAAAAUACGCACAAACCCUUUAUUACUGUCGGACUCUGUCUCGCAUCAGAUCAGUCAUUCCCUAUUUUGAGUCAAAAAACACCCGGUUUAUAUUAUUUUUACUUUCAUGUCAAAAAGGAAACCGGUUUUUAACAGCAGCUUUUAUCUGUAAGACAUUUCUGACAAGCCACUGAUCUAAACUAAUUACUGAUCCAGUAGACUAAAGGUGUGGCUAUAGUGUGUACAGUCUAGAGACAAAGGUUGAUAUCUCUAUUACUUAUCUGUUGAAAUGUGCAGUGUUUAACUCUCCUUGUACAUAUCAUUGAUUUAGAUUAUUUUCUUUAUAAUGUAGACUGGAAACAUCCUGCCUUAUAUGAAAUAUGUAUAUAAUAUAGUAUGAAUACUUUUAUUUUGGGAAAGAAAGCUGAAGCACCUGUUUGCAUACCUGCACUGUAUCUUCUGAGGAGCCAAACAAAAGAGAGAGGGAUGGAAUGUAGCAUUUAAUAUGUGUGUGGAACUUCUUACCGCGCGUUUGCUUUCAAACCAAAACAUGUUGCAGCUGAAAUCUACUCCUCACUACAGCACAUGUCCGUGACCAGAAACCCACUGGUCUGGUGGUGGAUGGUGGUGGUGGUGGUGGAUGGUGGUGGUGGGCGGCGGCAGCGAAUGUAAAGCGUAUCUGUGUGUGAAACGGGACUGAUGGUGUUAUGUUAAGUUGUCCGUUUGGCAUGUUGUGUUCGACCAAACUGUGACGUUUUAUCAUUGUAACUUCACUGCUGUAUCAAAGGCCUGAUCCAGAAGUGGAACACAGUGCUACGUGUGCCACUGCACUUUAAAGUUUAUAUAUAUAUAAAUAUUAUUAUAUCCUUUAAGAUGGCCCUAAUUGACUUGCCUCUGUUCGUAUUCAACUCGCAUAUUAAUAUGUGAAGAAAACUGCCCUCUGAAUAAAGAUAAUUUAUAAAGUUACUUAUUGAGCAGAAAGACGUCCGUCUAAUGCCCCUGUGUAAGAUGUUUAAGGUAUUGCUCCCUGAAACUUGACGCAUGUGCCCAUGGUAGAUAGACUGUACCCCAUCUGGAUUGGGGCUUUAAUGCAACUUCUUUAUUUUGUGAGUGACUAUAUUUGUUUAAUAAUGUACAGGUAUUGUUAAUGAGUGGGGAUUGUCUGCUUUCUGCAUAUGUGUGUGUGUGUGUGGUCAGUAUCUGAUGUUUCUUUUUCUGUAUAUUUAUGCCUGAAUGUUGAAUAUCUCUCUGUGAAGCAAUCAAAUCUCUUCCCCGUGCAAAAAGGUGUCGGUGCCCAUCGCUGCAGUAAAUGGUCAGCGGGUUACUGCUGAAUGCCUGCUGUUCAUUUGUCUAUAAAGAAUCUCUUGACGGGCUGACUGAGAGCAAGGAGUCACAGAUGCACUAGACCUUCAGUAUGUUGAAUGUAAGACUGUAAUCACUCACGGGUGUUUUGAAUGAGAAACUUCUGUCUAAAUUGAAAUGUCACUAACUUUAUUUGUCUAAUGCUGGUGAGAACCAUGGGACUCUCCAAGGCUUGAGAAGCGAAAGUGGAGCUCUUUGGCACGUCUGUAGAGGUCGCUUGAGUUGAAUCAAUACUUCCACCUCUAGAACAGCGACUGUUAUGAGUUUACGGCAGAUUUUAUCUUGAAACUUUUGGUGAUUGCCAUUUGACAGCUAACACGUAGUCCAGCUAAUGUGAACGAUGCAAUAUGUUGAAGUGGUGGUGUAAAUAUAUACAUAUAUAACAUAUAUUUUUCACUCUAAUGUAGUUGUUUGGUUCCCUAAAUGUCUGAGUUGAAGCAGUUUUUAAAGGCUCUAUUUGACCAGUUUGAUUUCGCUGUUACACUGAAGAGAUUGUAACGGGAAAACUGAGACGUGAUAUUUUUGUAACAGAGUCAUACAUUACCUAUUUGUCACUGAGGAUCUGUACAAAUGGCUAAAUAAAAGAGAUUCAGCAGCUGGUUGUUUGUGUGUACCCUCGCUACAUGUUUACUGAUAAAUACAGUAUUCCACAUUCACAGAAUCUAUUGUUCUUAUGGGUUAUGAAAGUAGUCCCCAUAAUUAUCAGAUGAUGAUAACCAUGGGCCCCUCCUGUGACAAGGAUUGCUCUAAUCUCUUGUCUAUGUUGAGUAGCAUCAACUGAUCUGACCUCAAUGUAUUGUUUGGACCGGUGCAACAUUUAGUGGAGACACUUUUUAUUUGUAAAUGACACAUAUUGUACAACACUAUUAUGUCUAUAUGUAGAUAUCCAAAUAAAUGCCAGAUAUGAAGUUGGAAUCACAAAAACAUAAGUUCCUGUGUUUGCUAUUGUCAGUCAGGGAUGACACAGCAUCUUGUUAGUGUAAUCAUGAGGCUUUACUCAUAUGAAAACUCAUGAGCUCAUGUUUUUUCUUCCUACACAGAUUUAUUAAU